AAGGUAAGAGAGUCAAUAGUAGAGCAUUGAGGGAUAUUCAGAUCCCAAGUCCCACCCCAGCCGAUGUCCAAGCUCACCCACACAAUUACUUCUUCUCCCCUACUCAACCGGAGCCUAAGAUCCAAUGCUUCAUCACUAGUUGCUAACUUACCAUUUUUUGGGUUCCUUUUCCUGUUUCUUCUUCAAUUAUGUGGCUGGUUUUUUUUUCUAAGACAAUUUAGUUUCACUUCUCACCACUUGAAUUUGGAAAUAUAAAUAAGAGGGAUCAAAUUACUCAGAGAUCAACAAUUACUUGUGAUGGAAAGGACAUAAUAACAGAUGAAAAUGCAACGUUUCGCAGUGAAAAGCAACCUCGUUGAUUCGAACUCCGAUAACAAGAAGCUAAAGCUUGCAACUGGAGAACAACCGCUCUGUCCUAAGCCUCGAAGGCUGGGAGAUGCUGUGCCGGAGCUUCUCAAGCCUCCUAGAUGUCAUAAACACAGUCAAUCCAAUGGUGAAGGGAGGAGCGAAUUUCUCAACAUGAUUGCUUCCAAGAAUAACGAUGGACAAGAAUCCACGUGCACCGGAUGCUCUCUAUCGUGUUACUGUGGAUCUCCUCCGACUAGAACCGGCAACCCAUUGGUUCAUGAUGUUCAAUUCAUCCAUCAGAUGGAGCUGCUCUCACCAUUGAUGCGAACAAAGCUGUCUGACAGGUUCGGGCUCAGCUCUGCGUCUCCGAUUUGAGCCGGGCUCCAAAGUUGGAACGAGAGGGCAUCUGUAGAAACAGAUAUUCAAAUGGUGGUUUCUAAAACAAAACCAUUCCGACGGAUUUUGUAGGGUUUAUAGUAUGUAUCCUGCCUGCUUUAAUUUUCUGCCUCUGCUUGUACAUAUUGUAAGAGAGUCGGUGCUCCUUGUACAGUUUUUGUUGAUCAGACAUUCAGACCAAGCUCUGCAUGUACUGAUUUGAGGAGACGGGUGGUGUAUGACUGUGUGUACCAUGGGACUAUGUGAUACUUAGACAUUUCAAC